UAUCAAACCAAGCUGUUGCUGGUGCCUCUGCAGUCCGUUAGGUGGCAGCAGCUGACCGUGGUUUAGACCACUGGAAGCUGCUCCUCAGAGCCUAAAAGAAGAAGGAGGAGCGCUGUCAUGGCGGCCAAGGUGGUGAUGGUGGCCGUCCCCACGGUGAUGGGCAUAGCCUCCAUCCGUGUGUAUACUGUGAGCCAAGUGCCCACUGAUGGACUGGUUACUAGAGAAAAGCUGAACAUCUACACCCCGCUGCCACAGUCUGCUCAGGCCCAGUUUGUUCCAGAGAGGCCGGGUGCUAUUCAGACUGGGUUCACUACAGUGAGAGAGAGCAUACUACCAUGUGUCCAGGCUGUUAAGGGUGCCUGUGUCUCUGUGAAAACAGGAAGUGUUAAUCUAUACCAUGCAGGAGAGGAUGUGUACUAUUACUUGAAAGACCCUCCCCCGGGUUUUCUACCCAGAUUUGGCACCAUCACCAUGGCUGGCCUGCUUGGCAUGUUCUUGGCACGGAAAGGCUCUCGUUUCCAGAGGUUAGCCAUUCCAUUGGGGCUGAUGAGUGGAGGAGCUUCAGUGUGCUACCCGGCUCAAACAGUGGCCGUGUUUAAGGUGACAGGUAAGAAUGUGUACGCGGUAGGGCAGUGGAGCAGCGCCACAGUGUCUUCACUGCUCGCCUCCACGUCCCAGGAGCCCGUCGCCAAAGAGAUCGCUGCUUCACAACCACAGACAGCUAAAGUGCCAAAUCCAGAGUCUGCAGUAGUUGAGGAGGCCUCAGAGCCCAGCUCUACAAUCCCAGAGACGGAGGUGGAAUCAGCUGAGUUUGUUCCUGUCUCUGAUGAGCCUGCUGUGGCUGUCAUAACAGAGGAGGCGUCAUCUGUAACACUCAAAGAGAUAUCCCCUGACCAGACCCCCACAGAGACCACCACAGACCCAUUGGCACAUUCAGUGCCAGCAGAGACAGAUGCCACCACAACCUCUGAGGAAAUACAUGCACCUGUUGAAAGUGAGGAGCCCUUAGACUCAAAACAAGCAGCAGAGGAUGUCUCCACUGACCCCAGCCCAGCAGAGCCCACGCCAAGCUUAGAGUCUGCCCCAGUGGAGGCUACCGCAGCUGAGGCUGCUCCAAUUGAGGCCUCUCCAGUUGUGGCCGCUGCAGUGGAGGCCUCUCUAGUUGAGGCCCCCCCAGCGGAGGCCUCUCCAGUCGAGGCUGCCCCAGUGGAGGCUGCUGAAGUAGAAGCUGCUCUAAUUGAGGCCUCUCCAGUGGAGCCUGCUGCAGUUGAGGCUGCUGCUUUGGAGGCUUCCCCAGUGGAGGCCGCCCCAUUGGAGGCCGCCCCAGUGGAGGCCGCCCCAGUGGAGGCUGCCCCAGCUGCCCCAGUGGAAGCCACUCCAGUGGAGGCCGUCCCAGUGGAGGCUGCUGAAGUGGAGUCUGUUCCUUCCUCUGGAGAAGCACCUGCUCUAAAGGCCUCAGAGGAGCCAGAAGUGGCAGCUGUUGAAUCACCUGAGCCUGAACCUGCUGCUCAAGAGUUAGCUGACCCGCAACAAGUUGCCGCUGUGGAGGAGACUCCAACCCCGACACUCACAACACCCCCACCACCUCCUCAACAACAGCCUGCAACAGAAAACAGCAAAGGGGGCUCCGGUUUCAAGCCAGACCCUUCUCUAAUGGACUUUGGCCAGUCCAGCCCUGAGGAUGAAGACCUGUACAGCACACGCAGCUGAGAGACUACAGCCGGCCGCAGGAGACACCUCAUUCCCACACUGCCAUCUCGUAUCUCAUUCAGAUAAACAUCCACUCUGUACCAUUAUGCUGUGUAAGUAGGCCAUUUUGCAAGCAAGCAGAGUUUGGAAGUCUUUCAUCAACAUUUCCAUUCUUAUUUCUUCAGCCCACAUCAUUUACAUUUCCAGAGAAAAGGUGCAAGUACAUUUGUUUUGUAGCAGCAAAGCAGCAAUUCCCGUACACAGAAUGAGUCUGUUUGCGUAGAAGGACAGAAACAUGGAAAAAAAAUACACCCACAACUGGUUACAAGUCUUUUAAUCCACAGAUGGCAGAUUGUGAAAUUUUCUCUCUGUAUGUGUCAUUUGGCAAUUAUUGGGUUUUGUGCGAAAGCUUUCAAAAUCACGAGUGCAUGGUGCUUUUAUUUAUUAUAAUUUAGCCCACUGCAUCGGUAUGCUGAAAAUACUGCACAUGUACUGGUAAUAGUUAUAAGAUCGACUAGUGCUGUUCCAUUGUAUUACAUCAAAAAUUGUCUUCAGUUAUUUAGAAUCAAAAAUAAAUCUAUAUUUUUCUUGA